CCCCCAGAAGGCGAUGACCCCCAAGCCUGCCGGGACCCUGGACGGAAGCCCGGACGGGGGCUGGGGCUGGGUGGUGGCGGCCGCCGCCUUCCUGGUGAACGGGCUCUCCUACGGGCUGCUGCGCUCCCUGGGCCUGGCCCUCCCUGACAUCGCUGAGCACUUCGGCCGGACCGCUCAGGACACGGCGUGGGUCAGCGCCCUGGCCCUGGCCGUGCAGCAGGCAGCCAGUCCCGUGGGCAGCGCCCUGAGCACCCGCUGGGGGGCGCGCCCCGUAGUGAUGAUUGGGGGCGUCCUCACCUCGCUCGGCUUCCUCUUCUCGGCUUUCGCGGGGAGUCUGCUGCACCUCUACCUUGGCCUGGGCGUCCUCGCCGGUGAGGGCGGACGGUCCUCGGUCCUUCAGGGCCUGCUCCUCCUGGGCGCCAUCACCCUCCACCUCGCCCCCUGCUGCCCCCUGCUGCGACCCCUGCAGCUGCCCGGGGACCCUCCCGCAGCGCCCCGCGGGCUCCUCGCUGCCCUCGGCCUGGGUCUCUUCGCGCGCCCAGCCUUCUUGGUUUUUGCUCUGGGCACGGCCCUGGUGGGGGGCGGGUACUUCGUCCCCUACGUGCAUCUGGCCCCUCACGCUUUAGACCGGGGCCUGGCGGGGUACAGGGCCGCGCUGGUGGUGGCCGUGGCCGCGGUGGGGGAUGCGGGCGCCCGGCUGGUCUGCGGGUGGGUGGCGGACCAGGGCUGGGUGCCCCUCCCGCGGCUGCUGGCGGUGUUCGGGGCUCUGACGGGGCUGGGGCUGCUGGCCGUGGGGCUGGUUCCCGUGGUCGGGGGUGAGGAGGCCUGGGGGGGCUCCCUGCUGGCCGCGGCCGGGGCCUACGGGCUGAGCGCAGGCAGCUACGCCCCGCUGGUGUUCGGAGUGCUCCCGGGGCUGGUGGGCAUCGGAGGUGUGGUACAGGCCACCGGGCUGGUGAUGCUGCUGAUGAGCCUCGGGGGGCUUCUGGGCCCCCCGCUGUCAGGCUUCCUCAGGGAUGAGACGGGGGACUUCACGGCCUCCUUCCUCGUGUGUGGCUCCUUCGUCCUCUCAGGCAGCUCCAUCUACCUGGGGCUGCCUGGGGCGCUGCCCUCCUGCAGUCCGGCCUCACCUCCAGCCACCCCUCCCCCUGAGAGGGGGGAGCUGCUCCCCGCUCCUCCGGGGGCCCUGCUGUCCCCAGGAGGCCCGCAUGCCACCGCCGACACCUCCUGUUGACCAUUUUCUUUUGGUUUGAGCCUCUCAAUAAAAAAUUUCCAAUGUGUC